AUGGUCAUGGACUACAAAUUCAAGAGCGUAUACGGUGAAAUUGAGGGCGCCGUCCUUGUUAUCUACCUCAAUCGCCCUCAGAUUCUGAAUGCGUGGAACUUGGACUUGCAAGAAGACCUCAUCAAAUGUGUAAACCAAUUCGACCAAGAUGAUUCGUUAAAAGUCGCUAUUGUUACCGGAACUGGACGUGCAUUCUGUGCUGGUGCUGAUCUGUCUUUGGGAGACUUCUCGUCAAAGGAACAUGUUGUUGGACGAGGAUUAGCUGAAGCCCGUGACGGUGGUGGACAAGCUAGUCUUACGAUCUACCGUUGUCGCAAGCCCAUCAUUGCUGCAAUCAACGGACCUGCUGUUGGUGUCGGUAUCACUCAUACCCUCCCCAUGGACAUCCGUAUUGCAUACAAGGAUGCCAAAGUCGGAUUCGUGUUUGUGAGACGUGGUGUCGUCCCCGAAGCAGUCUCCACAUACUUCCUUCCCCGUCUCGUCGGCCACUCCAAGGCCGUGCGUUUGAUGAUGAUGGGACAAGUCCUGCCAGCAUCGCAUCCAUUAUACAGCGACCUCUUCACCGAGCUCACUGAUACUCCCGAGGGAGCACUCAUCCGUGCCAAGGAACUCGCACAUGAGAUGGCGUCCAUGAACUCGUCAGUGUCUAUGGCGAUGGUUAAGGCAUUGUUGUGGCAUGGUACUGAGACACCUGAAGAACAGCAUUUGCUUGAUUCUAAGGGUAUGUUUUCGUUGGGGAACAGUAUUGAUGGCAAGGAGGGUGUUGCUAGUUUUAUGCAGAAGAGACAGGUCAAGUUCCAAGGCACCGUCACUAAGGACAUGCCUGUGUUUUACCCUGUAAAUAUGAAUUGA